AUGCUCAUCGCGGCCUACACACUGCUAUGUCGGAGACCGCCGUGCGUCGAGGUCUACGCCCUGCGCCGGUCCUACGCGCAGCUUGAGCCCUGGCUCCUCGAGGCGUGGCGCCGCUCCGAGGAUGACGUCCACACCACCGUGGGGCUUGACGACAUCGUCUUCAUCCGUAUCUUCCAUCAGGAUCUUCGCGACCUGUUGAUGGAGGAGCCACAGUGGCGCGGGCGUUGCUGCGGGCUGAGGGCGCAGGCGGAGGUUGGUUGGGGCAUGGCCCGGCAGGGCAGCCUGCCGCAGGCAAUCAGCGGUGGCAGGGUCCAGCGAGGCAGCUGGUGGCGGCCGGCGCUGGCGAGGGCAGGGCCCUACGGGGCGGUCGUCGCCGGUAGCGCGUUCAGCCUCCGGGCGGCCUUCGCUGCUCGCGUCGUGCCCGUCCGGCCGUCCGUCCGCACGGUCACGCUGCGUUUCCCCACCUCGCCCCUCCUCCCGGCCGGCUGCGGCGAGAACACCAAGGACCUCCCGGCCCACCUCUUCCGGCCGUUCAUCGUCUCCCUCGCCGCCCUCCGCGCACCGCUCCUUGCCUGGUGCAAGGCCCAGGCCCAGAGCCGCCACCGCGUCACGGCCGUCGUCUCCGGCUUGUUCACGGGGUGGACGCAGCCGCUCGCGGCGGAGCUCGGCGUGCCACACGUCACGUUCUCGCCUUCCAACGCGCUCCACCUCGCCGUGUCGCACUCGCUCUGGCGGCACCUGCCGAGCGGGCGCCUCCCGGAGGACGCCGACGAGCCGGUCACGUUCCCGAACAUCCCGGGCUCGCCCAGCUUCCCGUGGCGCCAGCUAUCGUGGCUGUUCACGCGGCGCGUGCCCGGCGACGAGGUCUCCGAGGCGAUCCGCCAGUUCUUCCUGUGGAACCUGGGCAGCGCGUGCUUCGUCGUCAACUCGUUCGCGGCGCUCGACGGCGCCUAUGUCGAGCGCGCGCUCCCCGACCUGGCGUCGAAGCGGGUGUUCGCGGUGGGCCCGCUGUCCGACGCCGUGAGUCUCUGCCGCGACCGGCGCGGCGGGAAGCCCGUGGUGCCGGCGGCGAGCGUGGCCGCGUGGCUGGAUGCCUUCCCCGACGGCUCCGCCGUGUGCGUCAGCUUCGGGACGCAGCACGCGCUGUCGACGCCGCAGGCCGCGUGCGUCGCCGACGCGCUGGCGCGGGAGCUCGGCCGUGGCGUGGAGAUCCUGCGCCACCGUGCCGUGGGGUGGUUCCUGACGCACUGCGGCUGGAACUCGGUGCUCGAGGCGGCGGCCGCCGGCGUGGCGCUGCUGGCGUGGCCGAUGGGCGCGGACCAGUUCACGAACGCGUGGCUGAUCGCGGCGGCCGGCGUAGCCAUGCCCGUGGCGGAGGGUGCCGAGGCCGUGCCAGACGCCGGACAGAUGGCGAACGCGAUCGCCGCCGCGGUCGGGGAGGAGGGGAAGCCCGUGAGGAAGCGUGCGGCGGAACUUGGCAAGAAGGCGGUGGCGGCAGUGGCAGAGGGCGGGAGCUCGCACGGGGACCUGGAAGAUCUGGUGCGCAUGCUCCGGAAGGUCGACUAG